GUCGAACCCAAAAGACAAAAAAAAGUUUCAUCUUCAUUUCUUUCUUCGGCCCUAAGCGAGUCGUGGCUCCCCCCGAUCUCCCCUCUCCGCCUCUCCCGUGUCGUGCUUUCCCGGCCGAUCGCCACCGCUCGCCGCCCUAGGCCAUAGCUACCUCCUAACAAUCUCCCUCUUGCCGAUCUCCGUGUUCGUCUAGCCUAUGGAUGACUUCCCGGGAAUCCUGGCUCGGGAUUUCGGCUUCCGCCCGCAGGGCAAGGCUGCCCCCAUGGCCGCCUCCAAGGCUCCAACCUCUGCGUACGCAUCCGGCGGAGGAGUUUUCAAUAUAGGGCUCGGAUCCGACAGAUCCUCGUCCGUGAACGGCUCCCGGAGCAAUCCGAGAUCCGGGUGGAACUCCAACUCGGCCGGUGAUCCCUGGAUCGGCGAUCAUGGGGCUGACAUGUCAGGGAGACGGAGUCCCCCGGAACACGAUGAUGUGUUUGGAGGUCGUGCAAAGCCUCUUUCGGAUCCCUCCUCGCAUGGGCGGUCUGCCUCGUCUUCUCCCCCUCCUGUUGACUCCAUCUUCGACAACUAUAAUAAAGAUCCUGGCACGAAAUUUUCGUCUUCGUCUUCUCUGCCAGUCUACGACAAGCCGGUUUAUGAUGAUGAUAUCUUUGAUGGUGUUGGGGCGAAGAGCUCGUCGUCGAUCAAGUAUGACGAUGUCUUUGCCUCAAACUCAUCAGGAUCUACUCACGUCUCUCCUCCAUUCGAUGAUCUUCUUGAGAAUCUCGGAAAGCCAAUGACGAAUGCAAAAGAUGAGAGUGGUAGAAGAUCUACGGAGAAAAGGGAUCAGGGUUUGUCUGCGUUUGACGAUCUGAUUCCUGGAUUCACUGGGAGCACUCAUCCGAAGAAAAGAGAGUUUCCAGAGGCUAACAAACAGGAGCCCACUGUUCCACCAGCUAAGCCAUCUGUCAAUACUAUAAAAGAUCCCUUUGUUGUGUUAGAAUCAGUAUCCCCCGCCACUUAUUCCUCUUCUGGGUUGUUCACUGACCCUCUGGAAAACAUCAGUGAAUCAAUAAAUCAUGGGAGCACAGGAGUUGGUGUCUCUUCUGGUAACACAGAAGUGAACAAGGAUAAAAAUGCUUUUAAUGGAGUCUCAGAAUCAGAUCCCCCCCUCUUUAAUACUGAAAUAAAUGAGGGUAGAAGAGACAAGAGCCCUCUCAAGAAAACUGAGAACAUUACAAUUGGACACAGACAAGAAUCACCUCAAUCUCCAGUGGAUCCCUUUGAUGAUCUCUUGCCAAAGUUGCAGAGUAACAAGCAUUCCGAUUCUCAAGGAUCUGUAGGUAGGAGUGAUUUGCAUAAUUCUGCAACUAUUGGACAAAAUAUCUCAGAUCAUCAGUCUCCAAAGUUCAAUGAACAACUGGACACAGCAGAUGAUGUUUGGCUUUCUGUUGAUGAAAUCCCCCUCUUCACUGAACCUACUACAGCUCCACCACCUUCUAGGCACCCACCUCCACUCGCUGUUAAACAAGCACCUUUUGGUAGUACUGUCACAAGAAAGGAUGAUGAAUCAUUGUAUCAAUCAUCUAAUAAUUAUACUUACAAUGAAUCAGCUAAGAAUGCUGUUUCAUCUCCAUUUGAUGAACUUGAAGAUUUUGCAAUGGGCAAGCCUCAGACAUAUGAUCAAAAUCAUUCAGAUUUAUUUAAAGGUGAAGAAUUUGAGACAUAUUCAGCUGCUGCAGCUUCUGCGGCUGCCAUGAAGGUGGCCAUGGAUAGAGCUGAAGCAAAAUUCAGGCAUGCUAAAGAGGUGAGGGAGAGAGAACGUGAUGCAAAAGCAUACAAAAUAAAAGAGGCCACACAUCAAGAGGAUUUGGAUGAUAACGAUGAAAGAUUCAUCUGGGAACAGGAACAGAGGGAACGAGAGUAUCAGGAGAAGGAGAGAAAGCGACUUGAGAUGGAAAGACAACAGGAAUUAGAAAGGGAAAGAGAAAGAGCCAGGCAAGCCGUGGAGAGGGCUACAAGAGAGGCUAGGGAAAGAGCUUCUGCUGAAGCUCGGAUGAAAGCUGAGAGAGCAGCUGUUGGGAAGGCAAAUGCUGAAGCGCGGCAACGGGCUGAGCGAGCUGCAGUCCAGAGAGCAGCUGCUGAAGCACGUGAAAGAGCUGAAAGAGAGGCCAGAGAAAGAGCUGAACGAGCUGCUGCAGAAGCCAAAGAGAAGGCUGCUGCAGCUAGGGAAAAGGUUGCUGCAGAAGUCAGAGAAAAAUCUGCAGCUGAGGCACGAGAAAAAGCUGCUGUGGAGAGAGCUGCGUCAGAAGCUCGGCGAAGAGCUGAAAGGGCUGCAGUAGAAAGAGCUGCUGCAGAAGCACGAGAAAGAGCUGCUGCAGAAGCCCGAGAAAAGGCUGCUGCGGCUGCGAGAGAAAAACAACAGAUGCCUGAGGAUGAUCUCGAGUCCUUUUUUGGUAUGAGCACUCGAGCUACUAGUGCACCAAAAGAAAGAUCUACUUCAACGGAAACAAUGUUUGACGGUCAAACUCAAAAUAGAGGUGGUUUUGAUGGCACACGGAAACCAUCGGGGACUAGCACCAACGUUAGAAAGUCAUCAUCUACAACAAAUUUUACAGAUGACCUAGCUUCCAUAUUUGGAGGUGCUCCAUCAUCCGGAGAAUUUCAAGAAAUUGAAGGAGAAAGUGAAGAGAGAAGAAGAGCUAGGUUAGAACGCCAUCAAAGGACACUUGAGCGGGCGGCAAAAGCACUGGCAGUGAAGAAUGAGCGGGAUAUGCAAACUCAAAGGGAGCAAGCAGAAAGACAUAGAAUUGCUGAAACCCUAGACAUUGAGAUAAAACGGUGGGCUUUGGGUAAAGAAGGCAACUUGCGUGCCUUGCUGUCGUCCAUGCAAUAUGUACUUUGGCCUGAAUGUGGCUGGCAGCCUGUCUCUUUGACUGAUUUAAUCACUGCUGCUGCUGUGAAAAAAGUCUAUAGAAAAGCGACUUUAUGCAUUCAUCCUGAUAAAGUUCAACAAAAGGGUGCAACCCUUCAGCAAAAGUAUAUUGCUGAGAAGGUGUUUGAUCUACUCAAGGAAGCUUGGAACAAAUUCAACUCUGAGGAGCUCUUCUAAAUGUCUUUGAGGUCACGCUGCAUAAGCCAUUGAUGUCGCUUCCAUUCAACCGUCUCCUUUCUUGGUGUUUCUAUGUGGCCCCCCUGUCCAAUUAGCUUAGCCACAAAUACAGACGUGUGUAAAUUAUUUUGCAAUUCAUGUCGGUGUUCGAGCAGGCAUAUGGUUCUCGCAGGUUGAUGAUGCGAUUGUGAACCCUGUGCUGAACUCAGCCCCAGCCAAUCUCAAAAGACAUAUUUUUGAUAAUAUUCUGUUUGUAAAAUUUGUUCAUUGCAUCAACUACAAAGGUACACUUCUAAUGUUUGGUUAGUGAAA